AUGUUGUUCUCCAAGUUGCAAGUCUUGUCCUACCUGGCGCUCGCCCAGCUCUGCGCAUCUGCCGCCAUCGACACUGCUCAAGACAUCGCUCCGCGCGGAGCCUUCCGAGACAACUACGGCAGCAACAUGUGUCUCCAGGUCAAGUGCGACACAACCGUCUGCGCCGAGAACCCCGAUGACGCCCUCGCCGUGGCGUCUGGCGGAGUCAGCCUGAUCGUGGGCCCUGACUGCGCCGGAUGGGAUGAGGGCAGUCUCCUCGAGCUCCCCAACGGCACCAAUGGCAAGACUUGCCCUGAUGGCCGUAAGCUCUACCAGGGCACUUUGAUGGUAUGGCGAGCCUGGAACAACGUCAGCGCCAAGAAGGAUUACCACGCCGAGUUUUUUGAGUGGGACAACUUCAAGGGCGCCCAGUGCUGGGGCAAGAAGGACGUCCAGUGUCAGAAAGAUGGUGUCAAGAUGGCUCCGGACCCGAACACCGGUCUUUGUGUGCCCUGGGGUCUGUAA